UGCAGAGCGCGGCGCUUCACACUCCAGUCCACUGGGCAGCGCCAUAAAACACCAGCGAAAUGAUGAGAAGCAGCAAUAUGGCGAUCUCCAGUGAACGCAUGGAGGAGCUUAUAGGGACUUUCCGUGAGUCCUUAAAAGCACAAGGUUUUGAACUGUAUCCUUUUAAGGUUGGCUGGUACAAUGCAGUGGUGUCUGAUGCUCAUCACCUGUCUUACCCAGAAGACACUCUGGCUCUGGUGCUGCUGAGCACACCGUCCAUGUUUGAGCGCUCAUUCCUCCCCUUCUUACAGAGCCAGAGCUGUGAGGCUGUCCGAGACCCCAUCGAUGAGUGCAUCACGCACACAGUCUCAUCCUCUGUCUCUCUGUGUUUUCCAAAUCAGUCUGUGCAUGUCAGUUAUGAUUAUGAGAUGCUGCCUAGCAGAAGACCCAAGUUUCUUGCUCAGACUGCGGCCCACGUAUCAGGAGCAGCAUAUUACUACCAGAAAUCAGAUGUCCACAGUCCAGCUUGGGGUGAUAAGAAGAUGUUUGGAGUUUGCAUACACCCCAGGCUGGGUGGCUGGUUUGCUAUAAGAGCCCUGCUGGUCUUUAAGGAUGUGCAAGUGGGAGAAGAUCUUCAGCAGAAAGGUCCUCCAGACUGUGUGUGUUCACGGGAGGACAGGAUCGAACUGCUGGAGCGCUUUAACUUCCGCUGGCAAGACUGGAGCUACAGAGACAUGGUUCCCACAGAGGAGAGCUACUCUCCUCAACAGAGGGAGUAUUUCCUGACUCCUCCAGGACAGCGGGGGGCGCUGCUGAGACAGUGGGGAUAUCUGACUGACACUGACAAAACAAACAUUUGAUGUACCCUGCUGACUCGUUUUGAAUGAAGUAGACAUUGUGAACAUGAACAUGAUGUUUCACAUUCUACUAGGUCUCACGGUAACUGAUAUGUCACUAC